AAAACAUAUUUUACCCUAAUUUUAAUUGCUAAACCCUUUUCUCACUAAUAACCGUAAAAAAAAAGAAAAGUUAAAACAGGAAAAAACAAAACCCAGAAACUCCCGACAUCUUUAAUUGUCAUUGGUCUCCAUCCUAAAUCUCAUCCUUUCUCUCACUCAGAUUUCAAUUAUUUGAUAAAUAUCUGUAUCUUUUAGAUACACAACAGUUAUAAAAAAAAUAUUUUUUUUUAUCUAUCUCUCCCUUCAAUGGAUUCUCCGAAACUCCCGCGCUCCAUCUCCACCUCCUCCUCCACUCCGUUCGCUUCCUCCGCCGUAAAACCCCACCGUAAAAACCUCCCUCCUCGUAACUUAAUCCUCAUCAUCAUCGCCGUCUCCGCCAUCCUUCUCCUCCUUUUAACCCUCAUCAUCUACUCCACCGUCUCCAAAUCCUCCCACAAGGUACCAAACCAACCACCUUCCUCCGCCGUGCCCAAGAUUCCUUCCCCUCCUUCCUCUCCUCCCAUUGCUCAGAUCCGUCUCGCCUGCAAGGCCACCAGUUUCCCAGACCACUGCUUCUCCUCCCUCUCUAAACCCGGUUUAGUCCCUCCUGAUCCUAAACCGGUCCAGAUUAUCCACUCCGCUAUCUCCCUCUCCUCGGAUACCCUCAAGUCCGGGCAGUCCCAGAUCAAAUCCAUCCUAGACAACUCCGCGGGGAAUAAAAAUCGCACAAACAUCGCCACCAUCUGCUUAGAGAUCCUCUCUUACUCCCAGCACCGCACCGAAUCAACCUCCACCGUUGUUGCUGCUGGUAGCAGCAACAACAACGGAGGGAUCAAAGAGGGCCGAGCUUGGAUGAGCGCGGCCCUCGCGUACCAGUACGACUGCUGGGCAGGUCUAAAAACCGUCAACGACACGAAACAAGUCGUCGACACCAUCACGUUCCUCGGCGAUCUCGUGAAACUCACGGGAACAGCGUUGAGCAUGAUGGUGUCGUUCGAUAGUUUCGGAGACGACGUGGCUUCGUGGAUCCCUCCGGCUACGGAACGUGACGGGUUCUGGGAGAAGAUUAAACCGGGUUCCGGUACGGUUGAGGAUGCUAGUUUGGGGUUUCCGUCGGGUUUAAAGGAAGAUGUGACGGUAUGUGGGAAAGGGUGUGGUUAUAAGACGGUGCAGGAAGCUGUUGAUGCCGCGCCGGCAACUAACGGAACCGUUAAGUUUGUGAUACGGAUUAAGGAAGGUGUGUAUGAGGAGACGGUUAGGGUUCCGUUUGAGAAAAAGAACGUGGUGUUUAUCGGAGAUGGUAUGGGUAAAACGGUAAUCACGGGUUCGGCUAAUGUAGGGCAACCAGGGAUGACAACGUUUAACUCUGCAACUGUCGGAGUUCUUGGUGAUGGAUUCAUGGCACGUGAUUUAACCAUAGAGAACACGGCGGGAGCAGACGCGCACCAAGCGGUUGCGUUUAGGUCAGACAGCGAUUACUCAAUACUCGAAAACUGCGAGUUUCUUGGCAACCAAGACACAGUUUACUCACACUCUCUCCGUCAAUUCUACAAACAAUGCCGUAUCCAAGGCAACGUGGACUUCAUAUUCGGUAACUCAGCAGCUGUAUUCCAAGACUGCAACAUCUUAAUCGCUUCAAAAAACUCAAAACUAGACCAAGGAGGUGGCGCAAACAACGCAAUCACAGCACACGGGAGGAUCGACGCGGCGCAGUCCACGGGGUUUGUGUUCUUGAACUGUUCGAUUAACGGAACAGAGGAGUACAUGAAGGAGUUUCAAGCUAACCCCAAGGGGCAUACUAACUAUUUAGGAAGGCCAUGGAAGGAGUUUUCGAGGACAGUGUUUGUAAACUGUAACCUUGAGUCUUUGAUUAGUCCCGAGGGAUGGAGUCCUUGGGAUGGGGACUUUGCGUUGAAGACUUUGUAUUAUGGGGAGUAUAAGAAUACGGGUCCGGGGUCGGUUAGGUCGAAGAGGGUUCCAUGGAGUAGUGAGAUACCUGAGAAGCAUGUUGAUGUUUACUCGGUGGCUAGUUUUAUUCAGGCUGAUGAGUGGGCUUCUUCGAAGUCUGCUUGAAUGUUGUAAAGGAGAGUGGGGUGUGUGUUUUAGGAAUUUUUUGAACGGAAGAGGAGAGAUAUCGUUUAUUGUAACUUUAUUAAAAAAUGUUAAAAGCAUAUAUUAACAU